AUGUCCAACGAAAUAAUAAUUGACGAACCUUUGACUUCAAAUGUUCGUCCAGCUAGCGAUUCAUUAAUUACUAUCCGUAUUAUCAAGUCUUUUCCAUAUAGAAAUGUUAAGAAUUACAUUGUCAAAGAUAUCGAUUUGAAAGGAACAACUCCCAAACAAUUAUUACAGAAUAUUAAAGAUAUCAUAAGCACUAUUGGUGCAUUGAGACCAUAUCGUAAUAUUGAAUAUGAUUCAAUCAAAAUCUAUACCCAAGCCCAUGGUACAAAAUCAAUGCAUUUAGUUAUCAACUUUGAAAACGAUGAAGAAUGGGUAUUAGUCAAUAAAGAAGUUAACGGUGAUGAAAAGAGCUUAUGGGAUUUAGGUGUCAGAAAUGAGACCGAAUUGAGCUUAUUUCAUUGGGAUGAUUACGUGGCUUAUAAGGAGAAUCCAGAAGAAAAGUGGUAA